CAGAACCUUCCUGAGUACUGAUGACGUCACAACACGUUUUGGCCUGGUGACGUUUCCAUGGUAGUGAAAUUCUUCAGCCCCCCCCCCCCCACCACCCAUCUGCUGGGCGGUGCCGGCGUCAUCGUCUCCCAAGUUCAUCAGGAGUCGCUGCAACUGUGAGAAGAGGAAAAGUCGCUCCAGACCACGUCGUGGACCGGACCGCUGAAGGCCUGGCGGAGAUGAUUCUGCGCGCUUGCGUCCUGCUGCUGCCUCUGCUGUGCCGGUCUUCUGCUCGGCCGCAAACAGGCUCGGACCACGACUGGCACGUGGAAGCCUCGCUGGCGGGCACGGCCCUGCUCCCGUGCAAAUUCUCCACGGCGCCGACGGCGGAGGGCGAGAGGCUCAGGGUCAAGUGGACCCGCGUGGCGGAGGGCGGGACAGAGAACGCGGUCCUGGUGGCGCAGGGAGGCGCCGUCAAGGUGGGCCGGGACUUCGAGGGCCGCGUCUGGUUGCCCGUCGACGCGGCCGAGCGGGGCGACGCCGCUUUGACCGUCGUCGGGCUGCGGGCCGGCGACGCCGGCCGAUACCGAUGCCAGAUCACGCGAGGGAUGGAGGACGGGAGCGGAGGCGGAACCCUCGACGUCAGAGGCGUGGUCUUCCACUACCGGGCGGACGGCCGCCGCUACUCUCUGGACUUCCCGGCGGCCGCGGAGGCGUGUCGCUCGGCGGGCGCCGCCAUCGCCACGCCGGAGCAGCUGACGGCCGCCUUCCACGACGGCCUGGACCACUGCGACGCUGGCUGGCUCGCCGACCGGAGCGUCAGGUAUCCGAUCAGGCAACCGCGUCCGGGUUGCGAAGGCGACCUGAAGAGUCGACCCGGCGUCCGAACGUACGGCGUCCGAUCGCCCGCUGAGAAAUACGACGUCUUUUGCUACGUCGACAAACUGGACGGCGACGUCUUCUACCCGGCGGACGGCGGCGGCGAGCUGACGCUGGAGGAGGCGGCGGCCGAGUGCGGGAAGCGCGGGGCGACGCUGGCCUCCCCCGGGCAACUGUUCGCCGCCUGGGGGGCGGGGCUGGACCGAUGCGACUACGGCUGGCUGUCGGACGGCAGCGUCCGCUACCCCGUCAACGUCGCCCGACCGCAGUGCGGGGGCGGCCGGCUGGGGGUCCGCACGCUCUACAAGUACGACGACCGGACGGGGUACCCGGACCCGGGCGACGGGCACGGGGCCUACUGCUUCAAAGCGGCCGAGCGCCCAGAAGUCACAAGUCCCGCCGAAGUCCGGGUCACGCCAGAACCCGACGGCGCGAGUGACCGGCCCGCUUCGCCGACAUCUCGGCUCCACGUCACUCAUCGGGAGCCGGCCUUGGUCGUCGAAGGGGAAGCCCCGCCCCCGAGCUUUAACCUCAACCAAUUGGCGGAGGGCGCGUCCACGGCCAAGCCGCCGUUCCACGUCAUCGUCGUCAACGUGCGGGACCAAAAUCAAUCGGUCGAUCGGAUCCUGCAGCUCCUCAACUCGCCCGCCGGAGGCGCCGCGGGCUCGCCCCAAAUCACCGACCUCUCGCGGUCCGUCGGCGAGCUCGUCCACGACGGCGCCGACGCGCCGUUGCCCGCCGUCGGCUUUUUCGACGGGAGACAAAAAGUGACGUCAGACGCGACGCCGGCCGAGGAGGCGCGAGGGGAUCGGUUUGAGAGCGCCGCCCCCGUUCAGACUACAGCGUCGCCGACAGGGAGCGCCGCCGAAAAGGCGGAAGUCGGAGGUCCCGAGGUUCCCCCGUUCGACCCGGAAACUGCCGCUCGGGAGAUCGGGUUCCACUCUCGGGACGCGGGGGGGUCUGCGUCUGGCGAAGACGACGCCGCCCCGAUGGACCGGGUCACGGGAGAGCGGGACGGUCUCGUUCCUGAGGAGGUUUCACCUACAGCGACGGACCCCGGAGGCCGCGGGCGGGAAACGCUAGCCCCCCGCCCCCCAGACGUCAUCGCGGAGCCCCCCGACCUUCACCCAGAGGCCCGACAAAAACUUUCCGCCGCCCCUCGGCCUGCCCCGCCGGGGGGCUCGCCGGCCGACGACGGGACGGCGGACGAGGAGAGCGCGGAGCGGCCGGACUCGGUCGACGUCGCAGACGUGGACGAGUGCGAUUCCAACCCGUGUCAGAAUGGCGCCACCUGCCUGGACGCCGCCGACGGCUUCUCCUGCCUGUGCCUGCCCAGCUACUCCGGGGAGCUGUGUGAACGAGACACGACGUCGUGCGGCCCCGGCUGGCUCAAGUUCCAGUCCCAGUGCUACAGGACCUUCCGGCGGCGCCGCACUUGGGAGGCCGCCGAGCGCGAGUGCCGCGUCCGCGGCGCCCACCUGGCCAGCGUCCUGUCGCCGGAAGAGCAAACCUUCGUCAACCGUGAGUCGCGCGACCGUCGGGCCGCUCGGAUCGCCGUCGAGCUCACGACUCAUCCGCAGGUCUGGCCGGCGACUACCAGUGGAUCGGCCUCAACGACAGGACGCUGGAGACGGACUUCCGCUGGACCGACGGCCGUCCCGUGCGAUUUGAGCACUGGCGCCCCCACCAGCCCGACAGUUUCUUCGAGUCUGGCGAGGACUGCGUGGUCCUCGUCUGGCACGACGGCGGCCAGUGGAACGACGUCCCGUGCAACUACCGCCUGGCCUUCACCUGCAAGAAGGCCACAGUGUCGUGCGGGCCUCCGCCCGCCGUGCGUAACGCCCGCGCGUUGGGCGCCCGGCGAUCCCGCUACGAAACGGCGAGGCGGGCUUCGUCCAGAGACACGCCCCCGCCGUGCGCUGCCGCCCCGACGGCCAAUGGGACGCCCCCGAGGUCACCUGCGUGAGGCCGGCGACCUAUCGCACGCGGCGGACCGGCGACCAUUCAGCGCGCCGGCAUUCCAUCCCAGAGGACGUCCUACCUGGCGCCGGCGAGCGGUCGCCCAGGCGCCCGUCCCCCGACGCGUGAUUGGACGUUGAGCACAAAUACUUUCCUUUCUCGGGGUCUCUCCCGGCGACCGGUCGCGUCACGUUGCCCGCUGUUGUCUUUUUCUUUUUUGUCCAAUUGAAUGUUUUUGGCUGUAAAGUA